AUUAUCAGCUUAUAAAACUACAAGGACAAUGCUAAAAUACAAACAGUUGUAUGUUAUUUAUCGUGAUAUUUAUCAAAUAUUGUUAUAUAUUGAGAAAAAUAUAUAUUUAAUUAUAAAAGAGAAUUAAAAUAAUAAACACUCAAAAGUAUCGAAAAUUGGUACCGUUAAGUACCGGUAUCGAUUCGUAGGUACCGGGAAUUAGUACCGGAUCGAUUCAUAUGUCAAAGGUACCCAUCCCUAGUCACAGGGGAGGCGUUUGGGAGCGCCAGAUCCGGACAGUUAGGAACGUCAUGAGCUCUGUCCUAGCACAAGCCACAGGAAGAUUAGAUGACACCUCCUUGAGAACUUUUUUCUAUGAGGCCAUGUCAAUUUUGAACCAGCGUCCACUCACUACUAACACAAUGAAUGAUCCCAAGAGUGCUGAGCCUUUGACGCCUAACCAUUUGCUCACUAUGAAAGAAUCAGUACCACUUCCGCCUCCUGGUAGAUUUGUCAGUGAAGAUUUAUAUGCCAGAAAAAGGUGGCGGAGAGUGCAAUAUUUAACGGAACUGUUUUGGAGCAGGUGGUGCAAAGAAUACUUGACUACCAUUAGUUUGAGGCAACAAUGGCACAACCCCAAAAGAAAUGUUCAAGUUGGAGAUGUAGUGAUAUUAAAGGAAGACAACAUUCCAAGAAAUGAAUGGAAAUUGGCAAAGGUAGUUGAAGCCAGUGAAGACGAUGAUGGUUUAGUGAGAAAGGUUAAGAUCCAAGUAGGUCAAAGAGAUUUAGGGAACAAAGGUGAACGUCUGAGACAACUAUCUUUUCUGGAGAGACCUGUUCAAAAACUAGUGGUUUUGGUUAAAAGUGAGUCCUAAACUACAGUAAAGUACAAAAUUUGAUACAACAUUAAAAUGUGAUAUUUGAGUUUAUCAAGUUACUGAUUUCUGUGUGUUUCAUAACAAAGGUUUAUGGUUGAUAGUUAUUUUAUUGAAAAUUACAAGAUUUAAAGUUCUUUAAUGUGUAGUGAAUUUCAAUCAUUGUAAUUUUGGUGGCAGUGUAGCUGUCGCAGUUAAAUGUGGUUAUUCAUUGUCAUUUGUUUGAUUUAACUGUGGAAAUAUUUAAUUUAAUUUCUUUGUUGAUUUGACGCCACCUGCUGGCUGGAUUGAAAUUUGACACUGGAAGGUGCGCGCGAGCGGAGCGAAUGAUUAACUGACACAAGCACGGAGAAGCGACCAGAAGGAGCUCACAUCGGAUAAAGAAAAGUGGACAUGGACUGAAAUUGCUUGUGAAUAUUAAGUGGAGAGGCGCACACGUUUUUCACGGUGUUUGCUGGUAACAAGAAGAUAAAGAACCAGUUGAACAUCAGUUGGAGCAUGGCGUUUUAUUCCACAAAAAACAAAAUAUCCUUCAUGAGCAGUUACAUAGACUAUUAUUCCCACAGUGGGGAAAAUCACUCCUUACAACAGAACAUACACUUAAGCCCUUUUCAGACAGACAUUCUGGAACAUUUGUGGAAAAUUCAAUCCGGUUUUUAACCGGAACUGUGUUUUCAGACACACCACUUUUGUACCGGAACUUGUCCUUUCGGCAGCGUUCAGACAGCAGGGAAAAGUUCCAGAUGUCUGGGGGGAGGGGGUGGGGAGGCUGUACCCGGAUAUUGCGUAAACAAAGUGCGGCGGGCGUACAUGCGUCAUUUCCCCAAACAAAGCUAUUCAGUCCAACAUGGCCGGCGAAGAGCUAGAAUUCCUCUCACUGAUCGGACUUAUGUUAAGCGUAAUCCUGCGCACACGAAAAUGCAUUAGAGACCUGGAUGAUGAAGCUCAAUUGGUAAUAAAGGAAUCACGGGAGCGGUGUGAAGCGCUCCGUCGCGCGUGUAGGAGACGGUACCGUAGGAGGCGAGCUGCCAUGGUUCGCCGCAUGCUUCAGGAGACCGCGAUCCGGCGUAUAUGGAAACAUUCACGACCAAGUGGCGAAGUUUUCUGGUCAAACGCGUUGAAAAACUUUGGAGAUGAGGAGUGGUAUCAACAUUUUCGAAUGUCUCGCAGGACCUUCAACUACCUGUUAAGCUUGGUUAGGCCUGUUUUGGCACGGAAAACUACAAACUGGCGCAGGCCUUACGAACCUUCCCUCAGGCUAGCCGUUGUUAUCUGGUGGUAUGCCACACCGAGCGAAUACAGAACCAUAAGCUGCCUGUUUGGUGUUGGUAUGUCCACUGUCUGUGUUUUUUUGCGAGAGGUGACAAGUGCUUUGAAGGACCGUUUGCUAGAACGUUUCAUUUCAUUACCAAAGCUGGACCAGCUACAGGUCACAAUGGAUGGAUUUGCUGCACGCGGCUACCCAAUGUGUGGUGGAGCUAUAGAUGGAAGCCACAUUCCAAUCAUUGCUCCGAAGGACGAUCCAGCUUCAUAUCACAACAGAAAAGGCUGGCAUUCCAUUGUUCUGCAGGCUGUUGUUGACCACCGUUUCUGGUAAGACUGGUUUUGUGAGAGCAUGAAUUUCUAUGUUGCUGUCAAGAGCAAAUUUACAUUUUAUGCGUCCCUUUGUUGUUUGGGGCUGUUAUGUUGCAGCACUAACGAAAUGCUUUGUUCAGUUUCACAGAUGUUUAUGUUGGUUGGCCUGGUCGAACGCAUGACGCCAGAGUACUCAGCAACUCUACCAUCUUCAUCAAAGCCGAACAACAAGAUGGCUACCUGUUCCCCCGUGAGGUAUGCCUUAACAUCUAAAUCUGCGCGCGCACACAC